AUGGGCCAACUGCAUGAUCCGCUGGUGGUCGGCAAGACCUUCAUGGCGGGAUCCACGGACCCGACAGCCGGAAGCACGGCGUGGGCACUGACGAGCCAUGGCAUUUCAGAGAAGCUCUUCACCGUGGACGAGACCGGCAACAUUGUGCCCCAGGUGGGUCAGUCUGUUUCCAAGGUGGACACCUUCACCUGGGAUGUCACUCUCACCCCCGGCUACAAGUUCUCUGACGGCACCGAUGUCACGGCACAGCAUGUCGCAGAUGCGUUGACGGAGCUGAACCAGCAGAACUCCGGAGCCCAGGCUUCGUUGGGCACCAUGACGGUGACGGCGCCGGACGCCUCGACGGUGAGGAUCGUCUCGGAGCGUGCCACGCCCGUAAUGGACGCUGUGCUGGCGGAGUGGCCUUUCGUGGUGUAUUUGAAUAAGGGGGGCCAGAGGUACUUCACGGGACCAUACAAAGUUGAGACUUUCGUCAGCGGCGACCACAUCGACUUGGUGCCGAACACCCAUUAUGUCCGUGCCUUGGAGAGGCCGCUGCUGAAGAUCCAGCGGUUCUCCACAGGAACGGCCGUGGCCGAGGCCUUGGAGCAGGGACAGGUCGACAUGGCCUUCCACCUCCCGGUGGACGAGCUGCCCGCCUUGCGACAGGUGACUGGGGUCACGGUCAAGUCCUUCCUGGUCGGCUACCACUACAUGAUGUGGCACAACAGUCUCCGGUCUCCCCUCUCCGACAAGCGGCUGCGCCAGGCCGUCGACCUUGCGCUGGACCGCCAGGAGCUUACUCAAGAGCUGCGUGGUGGACGGCCGACCAGGAGCCUUUUUCCGGAGAACUCUCCCUACCACUCAGGGGAGGCCGUACCGCAUGCGGACAAGGCCGGGGCGGAGGCUCUCAUCGAGUCCGCCGGCUGGGUGAAAAACUCCACCGGCUUCUACGAGAAGAACGGUGCUCCCCUCACUCUGAGGCUCGUGGCUUAUCCCCAGCGCCCGGGCUUGGUCCUCAUGCAGCCGACGAUCCAGAUGCGCUUGCAGGCGCUGGGCAUCGUGGUGAACACCCACGUCACCGACGGCUCAAGUUGGGACGAGCUGGAUGCGAUCAUGGCCGCGCGCGACUUCGACCUCCUCCUUUGGGCGCAGCACACUCUUCCGGCGGGCGAUCCGCAGUGGUUUCUGAACUCCUUCUUCCGCAGCGAUGGCGGCAACAACCAUGCCGGCCUGAACUCCAGCGUCAUCGACGGCCUCUUGGAUGACCUGGGCCACACGGAGCAGCACUCUGCUCGGGUGGCCGACACGCUGGCAGUGCACCAGGCCAUCCUCGAGGAAGUGCCCGUCAGCAACUUGAUGACGCCUUCCUGGCACGUGGGCCUCAGCUCGCGGCUGGCGGAGUACGAGCCCUGGGGCUCCGAUUACUAUGUCAUCCACGCCGACUUCGGUCUUCCCGACACCACCACAACCACCACUGCCGAGUCCGAGAACGUCAGCGCCGCCCACUACCCGUCCUGGUAUGGCGGCCUGGUCCUCGCCGUUUUGGGCCUCCCGGCCUCGAUCCUCUGA